GUACAUUCAUUUUUUUUUGCACGGUUUGAGCAUGGGUAUGGUAUUGUACCGUUCCGUUUCAAAACGGAAUGGUACCGAAUGGUUUUGGAGUUCAUCCCAUACCGAUACCGAACCGUUUAAAUAAUAGCGGUUGUUCCGGUAGUAUCACCAUACGGACCGCGCCCACCCCUACAAAGGAGUGUACGGUCACAUUACUUUCUGGUAUAUCUCUUGUAUCAUUGAAAUUUGAAAGGAAACUGUUUCCAGGUUCGACCAAAAAUCAUUGCAUAGGAAGAAGAAUGAUCAGAACCCAUUCCCCUUUGCUUUCUUUGCAUUCAUCUUCUUCAUCUUCUUUCCUCAAACCCCCAAACUUUCCUCCUAAACCUCUCCUCUUUCAGCUCCCCAAUACCCUAAUCUCCUCCAGAGCUCCUCCUCCUCGCAUGGAAGCUCCCGUUUCCAACCGAGCCGCCAAUCGCUUCUCCAGUCUCUCUGCUUCCUCCACCCGUCGCGGAAAUGGCUCCGUAGAUUCUACCUUUCAGGGAAGUGAGUCUUUCUUCAGGCGCGUUUUGGGUAGAAUGGAGGAAGUUUAUCUGAACAGAAACCCUACCGCGAAGGCCAUCCUGGAGCACGUCCGAGCUGCCGAUGGAGGUCAGAUUUGCUAUGACCAUUUUGCAUUCAGGACUUUCAGGGUAAAUGGGCAUGGAAUUGAUUCCGUGGCUAAAUUCUUCUUGGACUUCGGUUACAUGAGACGGGAAGAGCUGAGGUUCCCUGCAAAGAAGUUGAAAGCUUUUUGGUUCUCCCCACCUAAGUCAUUGCAGUUCGAGAGCGGAACUUGUGUUGGUGGGCCCUUGCCAAGAAUUUUUAUAUCAGAACUCCUCGUUGAUCAAAUGAGUCCUGAAACCCAGAUAAGUGAUCCGAGAGACCCCAAAGUGGUGAAAAAAUCUUUAGCCAUGCCUAAAAGGGAAAAAAUGAAAGUCAUGGACCAAAAAUGUAUGCCGCCUGUUAGUCUUGGAACCAAAAAUGUGAGCCCUGAUGGCCUUCUGCUGCAAAGCUCAACGGUGGCUGAUUCAGCACCUUUCCAAUUCUCGGAUGGGAAAACGGAAUCAGUCCCUUGUUCGUACAUUGAAUUUGCUGAGCGUCUCGUCUUGCCAGAGUUUAAAGAUUUGCCUGAGAAUGAUGUGAAGGAAUUUCACCGGCGAGAUGGCUUCGAGGUUGGAAAUGCAGACAUGAUCUUCGAGAGCACAUCCAAGGAUCAACUUACCAGGCUUUGAUCAUUACUAAUAAUUGUUGGAAUUUGUGUGUUCUGUGUUCUUGCAGCAGCAAGAUGCUCCUGAAAAACGAAACCUCAUACUCCGUAUAUAUUUAUAAAUCAUGUAACACAAAUAAUCCGUAUCGCAGAAAAUCUUUACACAAUGUUUGGUUCAAAAAAUUUGAAUAGAAAAAAAGAAAAUGAACUAGAGAGGAAGAAAAUAGUUUUCUUUAU